UCAAAUGGCAGCCUUUGCCCAUGCGUGGUAUCACUAGUUCCAUCUACAUCAUGCGAAGGUGCGUGCUGACGGCACACUGCUCGAGACUAUGGAUAACAUUUCCAUGUCCGACUCCGUCGCAACGCUCGACUUCUCACCAUCGCACAUCUGCAAUUGUCUUGGUUUGCUUCGAGAGGUGACAUUUCUGCUUGAACGUUCUUCACCCGGCAAACUCGGGAAAAGGUCGCUGUUCGACUGCAACGAACGACUUAAAUAUUGGCGACUUUAUACCUCACGACCACUUCGACGAACGGUCAUUCCAUCUCCUCGGUACACUUGGCACGCAAUCGUACACUUAUCCGGAUUGGCGCGUAUAACACCUAAAUUAUUUGCGUUCUGUCACUUCGGAGGGAGCUUUCGACCAAGCACCGCAGUUGAGCUGCCACAACCAGUGCCAAUUGAAUACCUCGAUCACCAAUUUCCAGCUCAUGCGCAUUUCGGCUCUUCGCUGAAGUGUACUCUGCUGGAACAGACGCAGAGACGGCCAGAAUUUCAUCUUUCUUCGGGGUUUCCGGGGUUUCCGGCUUCGCUCAGUCAGCAUACGUGGAUCGAGAAGCGGUAGCACAGAGCAUUGAGGCAAUGAAGAGAUUUUAUGCAGAUUCUCAUGUGCUCGUCCGUAUAGAGCACAACCCUACGCUGCUCAAGGUCUUGCCCUUCUUAAACGAACAGCCUAAACCUGAUGUCAACGGUUGGCAAAACAAAGGGUAAACGAGCUACCAAGGUAGGAUAAAGCGGGGCGUGAGAUGUGCGUACGACGCGCACAGUUUUACGUUGCCCUGUACACUGGUUACAUAAACAGCUAGCACGCCCACAUAACUAGUAAAAACAGCUUAAAUGACAAACGUAAAUACAAC